UAUAUUAAAAUUAUUAUUCUCAAUUGUAUUACGUGUCAUCGAAUAAUCUCUAUAUAUGUGAAUUUGAGAAAAAAAAGGAGGUGAUGACUGGCUUUGUUUGACAAAUGGUAAACAUACACGAACCUCUCUCUCCUGGAAGAUCGAUAAAAAAUUUUUUCAUAGUGUGAUGUUGAUUAAUUAGUAAUUAUUCCAUUUUUGUUUUCACGUUGGAAAAAAAGUAACGACUUCUAAUUAAUGACGUUUUAAUUUAAAAAAAAAGCGAACUAUUUCUGUUUCAUUGUGAAGAUAAAUUGACGGAAUUUAUUCAAAUUGAGAAAUGUCAGUUAAAAUGAGGUUAAAGCAAUAUUUUGGUGCAUUGUUAGCUUCUUUUGGCGGUUUUGCUCUUGGAGUGUCGAUAGCUUGGAAUUCGAGCGUUAGUUAUCAAUUAAAUGACACAGGUGCUACCAUCUUCGAAAUAGGAUUUAUUGGAUUCAUCUUAAACAUUGGAGCUUGCUUUGGAUCUAUAUGUGCUCCAUUUAUUUUGAAAAUAUUUGGUUUCACAAAUGGAAUGUUUCUAAUGGUUCCUCUAUUUUUAAUUGGUUGGUCAUUUAUUUCCUUUUCGCGUACAAAAAUUAUUUAUAUGUUGAUUGGUCGAUUAAUUUGUGGGAUUUGCGGUGGAAUUUUGUGUGUUCUUACUCCAAUUUAUAUAGGAGAAAUAGCCGAUAAGGAAAUUCGUAAUCGUCUACUAACAUUUUUGCAUUUAUUAAUUAAUUGUGGUAUCAUGUAUGCUUUUGUGAUUGAUUAUUUCAUGGAGGAACAUAAAAUAAUUUGGCAAUAUAGUCUCAUUUGUUCAAUUUCAUGUGCACCAAUUGCGUUUAUAAUUUUUUUGCCAGAAAGUUCAUUUUAUUAUUUAACAAAAAAUGAUGAGAUAAUGGCGAAAAAAUCACUACAAAGAUAUAGAAAUAAUUUCGAUGAUUUUAGCGAAGAAUUAGAGGAACUUAAAAGUCUUGCUACUAUUUAUAAAUCCAAGGUGUCAAGUUCAAUAUUUAAAAAUAUAAAAGUUUGGCGCUCCUUUUCUGCAACUAUUGUUUCAAUCUUAACUCAUCAAUUUAGUUUGAUUAAUGUCAUAAUUUUCUACGCAUUUUCAAUAUUUGAAUUGAAAUAUCCAAGUGGAGAUUUUGAUACGAAUGAAACGAUUCUCAUUAUCGGCAGUGUUCAAAUAGCUGCCAGUGUUUUGGCCAUAAUUUUGAUUGAUUUGAUUGGCAGGAGAAAAUUGUUGAUAUUUUCAUCGAUGUUUAUGGGAAUUUUUCUUGCUUUACUAGGUUGGUUUAUGAAACUUCAAAAAGAAAAUAUUGAAUAUAGUGAUAAAUAUUAUUGGGUACCAUUGACAUGUAUAUGUCUUUAUUUUGCAUCAUUUAAUUGUGGAAUUGGUCCAUUGGCAUGGACACUUCAUGCAGAUUCAUUUCCAGUUGAAAUGAAAUUAAUUGGUUCAAGUGUUGUUGUUUUUUUAAGUUGGUCCAUGUCCUUGAUAGCAAUUUUAAUAUUGUACAUGUUAAUUGUAUUUUAUGAUGCAGUCACAACUGUUUUCAUAUUUGCAUCAUUCUCUUGGAUUGGUUCCAUAUUUUUAUUUUUUCUCAUUCGUGAAACUAAGGGAAAAAGUCUCGCAAAUAUUCAACUUGAAUUUGGCUUUACAAACUAAUUUGCAAAUCAAAUGUUU